GAUUGUGAGAUGAUGCAUCAGUUAAAUAAUGUAUUGUUACCUGAUUUGCCAACGAUCGGGUAUUUUUAUGAAAUACAUGAUGUGGCAUUAUUGAGUGAUUAAACUCUGAGAAACCUACUAAUCAAGGGUCAAUUCAAGAAUUGCAAUCUUGAUGGCAGAGAAAACAAAACAUGGAACUCUCGGAUAAACUGGCACGAGGAGAGGAGUGUAAGACUUCUUUCAAGGGAAAUGUGUCAAAUUCAAUCAUUAUGGAAAUGAGGCAAAGACACCCUAGAAAUGCUCUACGAAGAAUAAGAAUACUCCUUCCAUUGUGCAGUCUGGAACGAAGCUAUCAUGACCUUCCAUGUGUAUCUCUUGGCCUUCUCCAUAUUGGAAAUUUCUACGCACAGUUUGAACUCAACCCCGGAUAUUGUCAUUGUUCGAGAGCCAGAAAUCACACUUCAUUGCGCCAAUGACUUCCAUAGGUUAUCCCCCAUCACGGAAUGGUUUUUAACGGCCAAAUGGUCAACCAUCGACAUCCAAGGAUUAGAAAGUUUGACUUGGAGCCAAAAUACUUCAGUGGAUUAUCAAGAUUUGGACAUUUCCAUGAAAGCUGGGCCACAUGCAACGAACUUCACGGAAUGCUUGGAAAUUUCGACCUUGAACGAAAAUCAAGAUAUGAAAUUGAAGUUCUUGCCCAUUGCGGAUUGUAUGGUGUUCCUCGAGUCCCCCUCGGACUUGCAUCUUACCGCAACUUGCGUGCAAAACUCCUCGAAAAACCUCUCUAGCAUUCAAGCAUUUGACCUCCAACUCAAUUCGGAUUUCCUCUUUAAUUGGGAAAGUCUUCUGAACCCAGCAGAGGUACCUUAUUUUCCAUGGCAGUGGUGGCAAGGGACAGACAUUCAAAAACGGCGUUACUUAAGGGCCCAAAAACGGGCAUAUGGGUUCAUUUUUGGCAUGAUCACUCCCCUGGGGAUUUUAUUCUACAUAGCCAUAUAUCUGACGUGUUGUCGGAGCUCAGUGGAUCAAAAUGCAAAUAUGUUUGGGUCCGAAAACUUGUAGCACCGAAAAAGGACGGCACAUUUAUUUUGAAAUUGCUCAACCUCUUCAAUAGUGGAAUCGUCUGACAUCUGGCUCGCUCUAUUAAUAUAUAGAACCUCUAUUCACCAGAAAAUAAUGGCAUUGCCUUUCUGUAUCCAAGAAUUACUUAAUUUAUGUUGAACUGCUGGGAAUCCAAUCCCGGUAGCGGUAAGGAAGUCCGCAAGAACAGAAAAAAAACAUGUCAUAUUCAGAAAACAUGGUUCAUUUUUCAUUUUCUUCCGCGAUUUGCUUUUUACGGUCGGUAGGCAGCCUCUCGCUUGGACUGGUUUAUGAUGAUGGGUUUCGUAAUACAGGGUUUGCCACGAAAAUUGAUUGAAAAAAAAUUCUCGUCUUAAACUUCUGGGAUUCCAAUCCCAGUAGCGGUAAGACAAAUUUGUCCGUUGUUGUGCUCCAAAGGGCAACUUUCGUCUUAAUGAAAUACGAUUAAGAAGCUUUUCUGACUUUGCUAAGCCGGAAUGAAACUAGAGAGGCGCAUUGAAAGCUGAUCCUAUGACAGCUUUUGCGCAUAAAUUCUUCCUUUUUACCAAUUUAUUGCGAUCUUGUAGUCAGCUGAUCAAGCAUGUCAAAACAUGUAUUUCGAAACCAAGCCAUGAAGGUCGAAUGAAAAUUCAAAUGAUAAAGCUGAUUGCUUUUUCUUUCUCUUCAGUCACUCCUUUUCAAACUUUUCAAGUAACUCGCUGCUCGCAAGACAAAAAAUUGGGCAAAAUGUCACACGUGGUACAAAGGAAUAGCGCUUAAAUCUGAAUCAUAAACAUUCGUUUUCGGAACUGGAGGCUGUUUCCACGUUUAUUGUAUCACAUCAACACAACAUCAUUACGAAGAAUAAAACGGCCCUAUACUUACACACAAACAAAACUGUACUGAGGGAAAUCAUGUAUGAAAAUCAAUCAAUUGGCUCUCAAUUGCUGAAGCGGAUAAGUUCCAGAUAGUUUAUGGCAAUGUUUCAUCUCCAUCCAACGGAAAUACAACGUAAAGGAAAUGUAUCAAGAUCAAUCAGACUCUGAACCUUCAGCCGGACCGUUG